AUGCUUAAUAGGUUAUUGAAACCAAGUAAUAGCAUUACAAAACGUUUAUUUACCAUGAUGUCUGAGAAAGUUGCAGUCGAUCAACCAAAGGUUGCUGCCACUCUAGUUGGAAAUGUCAAUAAAAAAGAGUCUAAGAAAAAUAAAUUACAAGUUUCUUUAAAGACUCCAAAAGGUACUAAAGAUUGGGCCGAUACUGAUAUGGUUAUUAGAGAAGCUAUCUUCAGUACUCUAUCUAACUUGUUUAAGAAACAUGGUGGUGUUACUAUUGAUACUCCUGUUUUUGAAUUGAAAGAAAUUUUAGCAGGUAAAUACGGUGAAGAUUCGAAAUUAAUCUACGAUUUGAAAGAUCAAGGUGGUGAAAUUUGUUCUUUACGUUAUGAUUUAACCGUUCCAUUCGCUAGAUACGUUGCAAUGAACAAUAUUCAAAACAUUAAAAGAUACCACAUUGCAAAAGUUUACAGAAGAGAUCAACCAGCAAUGACUAAAGGUAGAAUGAGAGAAUUUUAUCAAUGUGAUUUUGAUGUUGCAGGUAGCUAUGAAAUAAUGGUACCAGACGCUGAAAUAUUGUCUAUUCUAGUUGAAGGUUUGACUAGUUUGGGUAUUAAUGAUUUCAAGAUUAAAUUAAACCAUAGAAAAAUUUUGGACGGUAUUUUUCAAAUCGCUGGUGUUAAAGAUGAAGAUGUUAGAAAAAUCUCUUCUGCUGUCGAUAAAUUAGAUAAAUCACCAUGGGAAGUCGUGAAAAAGGAAAUCACUGAAGAAAAAGGUCAAUCCGAAGAAACCGCUAAUAAAAUUGGUGAAUAUGUUAAAUUAAAUGGUUCUUUGAAAGAAGUCCACGAUAUUUUGUCGAAGGAUGAAGCAAUAUUGGCUAAUGAAAAGGCAAUGAGUGGUUUAAGUGAAAUCGCCACUUUAAUCACUUAUGCUGAAGCUUUCCAAAUCGAAGAUUUCAUUUCAUUCGAUUUAUCCUUAGCAAGAGGUUUAGAUUAUUACACUGGUCUAAUUUACGAAGCUGUUACUGCUGCUUCCGCUCCUCCAACAGAUGCAUCAGAAUUAAAAAAGAAAGCUAAGACUGAUGAUGAUGCUUCUGCGUACGUCGGUGUCGGUUCUAUCGCUGCUGGUGGUCGUUACGAUAAUUUAGUUAACAUGUUUGCUGAGGCUUCUGGUAAGAAAUCUACUCAAAUUCCAUGCAUCGGUGUUUCUUUCGGUGUUGAAAGGAUUUUCUCCCUAAUUAAACAAAGAGCCGUUGCUGCUGCUGCCAUUAAACCAACUGCCACUCAAGUGUUUGUCAUGGCUUUUGGUGGUGGUAAAGAUUGGACCGGUUAUCUACCAGAGAGAAUGAAAGUUGCUAAGCAAUUAUGGGAAGCAGGCAUUGAAACUGAAUAUGUUUAUAAAUCAAAGGCUAAUCCAAGAAAGCAAUUCGAUGCUGCUGAAAAAUCUGGCUGUCCUUUAGCUGUCAUCUUAGGUAAGGAGGAAUAUUUAGAAAAUAAGUUACGUGUUAAAAGAUUAGGUCAAGAAUUUGCUGAAGAUGACGGUGAAUUAGUUGAUGCUGAUAAAAUCGUUGAGGUUGUUCAACAAAAAUUAUCCGAAAUUAACCAAGAUGGUGUCAAUGAUGUCAUCCGUUUAUUAAAGGGUUUAUAG